GAGAGAGAGAGAGAGAGAGAGAGAGAGAGAGAGAGAGAGAGAGAGAGAGAGAGAGAGAGACAGAGAGAGAGACAGAGAGAGAGAGACAGAGAGAGAGAGAGACAGAGAGAGUCAUGGGACCUUUGAGAUUAUAAACUCCUUGUUUUUGCUGCUGUUUAAAAGGUUACCGAACAACGACAUCAAUUGGACUACUAAACUACCAACUAGGAUUUUGUCUAGCUGGUAUGGAUAUAUCUGAGUCUAGUUCUCUGCCAGGCCAGGAUGGAGCCGGUCAGCGUCCAUGGGUGUCUUCCCCCAGCCCGGGUCCUGAUCGUGGGCUAAGACCCUUCGACCAGACCCCCCUCUCUGAUGGAUCCCGUAAAGAGGCCGGUACAGGAGCCCCAGGGAGUGGACCAUGGACAGGGGCAGGUAGUCCUGACUCGACCCACCCAGGAGCACCUUCCUUGGGUAGCGGUGAAGGGAAGCCAGGGGGUGAGUUGAGGAUCCGUCGGCCCAUGAAUGCCUUCAUGGUUUGGGCUAAAGACGAGAGGAAACGACUGGCUGUUCAGAACCCAGACCUCCACAAUGCUGUCCUCAGCAAGAUGCUGGGUCAGUCGUGGAAGGCCCUGACUGCUCUGGACAAGCGUCCCUUCGUUGAGGAGGCCGAGAGACUCCGACUCCAACACCUGACGGACCACCCCAACUACAAGUACCGCCCCCGUCGCAAGAAACAGGCCAAAAAGCUCAAACGGGUGGAACCGGGGCUACUGCUCCACAGCCUAGCCCAGGGAGAGACAGGGGAGGUCUAUGGACACCCACAGGAUAGUUAUGUACAUCCAGGCCACCAUCACCCCCAUCACCACCUCUUGCCUCCUCUCGUCCACUUUAGGGACCUUCACUCAGGGGACCUGGAGAGCUACGGCCUUCCCACACCGGAGAUGUCCCCCCUGGAUGUGAUGGAGGAGACAGGAGGGGACGGAGGGGUGUUCUUUCCCCCUCACAUGCAGGAGGACACGGGCCUGCAUGGCGCUUGGAGUAACUACCAUCAUUAUAACAAACACCACCACCACAACCCUCACAACCCUCACAGUAAUCACCCCCGUUCUUUUAGUCAGAGUCAGGGUCAUAGUCAGGGGCAUAGUGGUCAUGAUCAUCAUCUUAGCCAGAGGGGCUCCUUGCUCUGUCAUCGUCCCCAGGAGAAGGGCCUCAACCUGGCUCCAGAGCCUACGAACUCUCCCAGUCUGUACUCUAACCCCCAGGGCUCCUCUAUAAGCCUGUCUGAGCAAGUCAAACCUCAUCUUUCUAUCAGUAGUUCCUCUGUGUCCUCUGGUUACUAUAGUUACCUGUAUAGUAGCUCUGGAUCAGACACCAACCAGUCAUCCCACUUCACCUCUCACCUGGGGCAGCUCUCUCCCCCACCUGAGUCCUUAACCCUGGCCCCUACAUCCAACCCCUUAGCCCCCCAGUCCCUGGACUCUAUACGGGACCAGCCAGGCCAUGGUUCCUUAGGUCCUACGUCAACAGAGUUCUGGACAGAAGUGGAUCGACAUGAGUUUGACCAGUACCUCAGCGCCAGCCGGACUCGAACGGAGGAGCAUGGGGGUACUCUCGUCCCAGUUUCUAAUUCUUUGGAACGGUACGGGGGUGGAGCUAUAGCCUUGAGGAGGAGCCCUGUCGCCUGUGAGGAGAGCCAGAACAGUCCUCUAAUUUCACUUCUGUCUGAUGCUAGUAGUGUUGUCUACUACAGUACCUCUAUCACUGGCUAGACUCCUGGUCUUAGACUGACUUAGUGUUCAGAUGUUCGCUGUAGUCUGGAAUAGUCCAGUACAGCCUACCUGUGGCUCAACGGUAUGUUAACAAAAAUAUACAUACUUUUAAUUCUUGAGUGACCCUUGAUGUAGUUUGCACUACGAAAUAGUAACAGAUGUGCAAAACACUAAACUUAGGCAAGCACACCUCGUCAACAAACAAACAAAAAUGUUCAAGUAUUUGACACAGGUCUAGAGUUGAGGACUUUGAUGGACUUUCAGCGUAAGAUUGUUUUAUAGUCUGCAACAGACGACCUGCAGAAGACUUAAGAAUACUGAGUUAUUCUACUUACUGCCCAGACAGGCAGAACAUUUAUAAUGACAAAACUUUAUACACUUCCUGUUUCCUGUUGUUUGUUUUAUUUGUGUUGAAUUAUUUGCACUGGGUCAAAAACGUGUGCAUAGGAAGACCACUAGGGUAUAACCCUUUGGGGUAACACAUUCUCUUGACAAUCCAUCUUGAGAUGCUCUACAGACCAUUUACAAGCUAUCAGAAACAUUUCAACUAACUGUCUACUAACCCUAACCCUUAUCCUAACCCUAACCUUAACCCCAACCCUUAUCCUAACCUUAACCCUAACCCUUAUCCUAACCUUAACCCCAACCCUAACCCUAACCUUAACCCC